AAUACUUCCUUUUUGAUUGUUUGAUAAACGUGUGUCCACUCCAGGCCAGGUGGGGGCAGUAAUGCUGCACUGCUACCACCCACAAACGUCGAAGAAGAAGACUCAGCAUAAUUCAGCUGGAUUUUAUGCGAGAACUUCAGGAUCAGAUGGAAGGUGAUUCUUGUGACACCUCAGCGACCCCAUCAAACAGGAGGUGCACCUGGAUCACAGGAAGUGCAAGGAAGAUCAGAGACAACGCCGCUGACUGGCACAACCUGAUGCUCAGGUGGGACAGGCUGAACGACGAAGGAUUCAAUUUGGCAGCAAGUAUCGUCAACAUGAGGCAUUCUCAGGGAGAUCUGCUGGUGUUGGACACGUGUCCACCACCGUCACAGUCCACAUCGGCUGAGGCGCAGCAGGUGGCUGGAGCUGCGGAGCUGCAGGAUGAAUGCCUCAAACUGCAGGAUGUCGUUGACAGAAUGGUUGUUGUGGUGAAAAAGAUGGAGCACCUGGUGGAGAUACAGCGUGGCGUUCUGCAGCUGGAGGAGUUUCAGUUUGGUCCUGAAGGAAGACGUGUCCCUCUGUGUCUCAGCUGGAAGACCCGGGAGUUUGAGGAGAUGUCUGGUGUCCUGCUGGCUGCCUUCAGUCAGGAGCUGAAGUUGAAGCAGACGAUUCUGCAGGAAGUCGCCCACACCAUGACCUCUGACCUCUCCAAGGUCUAUCUGUCCUGUUGGCUCCACCAGCCUUUCAUCCCAGCAGCAACCAGACUUGGACUAGAGGCUCUGCUGCUGGAGACGGGCCAUCGCCCACUCUAGACUGGCCUGCUGUAGUGAACCCUCCUGUGGUCCGUGGGAGCGAUGGUUAGGGUGUAGACCUGCAUUAGAGAAGUUUUUAUGAUUGUCCUACAGAAGAGCAGCAGGAAUCAGAAACUGGGUAUGAAAUCCUGCACAUGUUCAGCAAAACAUCUCAUAACAAAUGCUUCUGUCUUCACCAAUGCCAUGACUCAGGUCCGGUCAUCCUGGAACUCCUCAUACCUGAUUAGUUAUGGUUCCUGAAUGCACAACGGUUAAGCAGCAGAAGCAUGUCGUGGUCAGUGAACGCACCACCACCAAAGGCUGAUAGUUCUGAAGUGAUCAGAUAUCGUGCUUGUUCCGCACCAUCAGCAGGUCAGAGCUGGGCAACAACUGGAGGUCUGAGCAGCUCUGAAACAUUAGAUGAUCGCUAAUAAACUGGUCUGAGACGAGCGCGGUUAUCCUGAAGCUUUGCUCCUUUCUUCAUUUAACCUUUUUAAGUUGUGGUUUACAUUUGCAGUGUUCUCUACUGUAAGUCAAUGCCUCACGAGCAGUGUUGGGCAAGUUACUUCAAAACUGUAAUGCAUUAUUUAUUACUUGUUACCCUCAUUUUAAAGUAAUUCAUUAUAUUACAAUAUUACUGAUUUAAAAAUGUACGGCAUUACACUACUUUUGCAUUACUUUAAGUUACUUUCACCAAAACAACUUCAAUAUGAGUCUGGUCAUGUGACGCUCAGUGAGCUCAUGACAUAUAUGUGGAAGGUGAUGUGGUGUCUGAGCUAGGGUUGCUGUUAAAAACAGUCAGAUAUAAUAACAGUGCUUUAAAAUGAUUGUUUAUUAAAUAAAAGCAACAACAAUCUUUACUCUCUACACGCUGUCAUCUUAUAUUAACUGAUCAGGGAGUGAGGUGGUGGGGGCUCCAAGCCAAUGUUUGCCUUGGUCCUCAAAUGCCUCGAUACGGCCCUGGAUGUGGGACUGACUUCUGGGGUGAUCUGAUUCUAUCACAUGUAUAAAUAUUAAAUGCUUAUAUAUUAUUGCUUUUCACUGGUAAAAAUGUGUAUUGGGGAUAAAUGUGCCAUUUUUUUCUUUUCAAGCACUUUUGUUUUGUUUUCUUGGUUUUAUGUGAAUAAUUUCCUGCCCUUUCUCUCUCUGACAUUCCUGCAUGCUGCAUGUUUUCUCCGUCUUCCAGAAAAACUGUUUCCUAGAUUUCCUACUUUCUAACUAAUCAGCCAAAGGGAUCUACCGAAAGCAAAAAAAUAAAAA